AUAGAGAACGUUUGUCGAUUGUUCCAACAACAAAUAUUUAAUUCGUGUCAUAAUCGUUAGAAGUUUGAACUCUUUCCAUCCGUUAUCCAUACAGAUAUCGAUGUGUACGAUUUUCGUCUAAUAUUAAUAAUUAUAUAUAUUAUUUAUGUGGUAAAUUGUGUUAUUAACAAUGAAGGUGAAGAUUUUAACAAGAAAUCCAGACGAAUAUUUGCGUGAAACCAAACGUGAUAUUCAUAAGCUUCCUAGGAAUUAUGAUCCAUCACUACAUCCCUUUGAAGCAGCGAGAGAAUAUACAAGAGCCUUAAAUGCGGUAAAAUUGGAUAGAAUUUUUGCGAAGCCUUUCAUAGGUAAUUUGGAAGGCCAUAAAGAUGGUAUAUCAGCUAUUUGUAAGCAUCCUAUGCAUUUAUCGGUUCUUCUUAGCGGUGCUUUCGAUGGAGAACUGAAAGUUUGGAAUUUAUCUAAUAGAACAUCCGAAAGAUCUUUCUUAGCUCAUGAUGGUAUACUUCGUGGUAUUACAUUUGUCCCUAGUGGACAGCAUUUCUUAACUAUAGGCGAUGAUAAAACCAUAAAAACAUGGAAAGCUGAAAAGCCAUCGUUUGGUGAAGAAGAAGAACCUGUUAAUACUAUUAUUAGCAAAUCUCAGUUAAUUGGUAUAUCGCACCAUCGAAAAGAUCCAAUUUUUGCGACUUGUGGAGAUACAUGUCAACUUUGGGAAGAGACAAGGAAUGAACCGAUACGUACUUUUAAAUGGGGCGUAGAUAGUUUACACGAUGUUAAAUAUAAUCCCGUAGAAACGAAUUUGUUAGCUGCUUGUUCUAGUGAUCGUAGUAUUAUUUUAUACGAUGCUAGAGAAACAGGUCCAUUACGAAAAAUUGUAAUGAGAUUACAAACUAACAAACUUUCUUGGAAUCCUAUGGAAGCUGUUACUUUCACGUGUGCUAAUGAGGAUUAUAACUUGUAUACUUAUGAUAUACGUACAUUAAAGACACCAGUAAACGUACAUAUGGAUCAUGUAGGCGCUGUAAUAGACAUAGACUAUUCUCCUACUGGUAAAGAAUUUGUUUCUGGUAGUUACGACAAAUCUAUUCGUAUUUACGAAGUUAAUAAAGGACAUUCUCGAGAAGUUUAUCACACGAAACGGAUGCAAAGGCUCACCAACGUGGCUUGGUCUCUUGACAAUAAGUAUAUAAUUAGUGGUAGCGAUGAAAUGAAUCUUCGUGUAUGGAAAGCUAGAGCGUCGGAAAAAUUGGGUGUGCUUAAACCCAGGGAAAGAACAUCUUUGAAUUAUUGUAACGCAUUGAAAGAAAAAUUCGCGGCUCAUCCACAAGUACGUCGUAUCGCUAGGCAUAGACAAGUGCCAAAACAUAUUUAUAAUGCCCAAGCUGAGAUACGAACGAUUCGUGAAAAGAGUAAAAGAAAGGAAGCUAAUAGACGUGCUCAUUCAAAGCAAGGAGCAGUACCAUUUGUAUCGGAAAGGGAAAAGCAUGUUGUACGUCAGGAUGAAUAAGGUAUAUGAUUAUUUUGUGCUACGAUUUGUAGAGUACAUACAGAUAUACACAUAAAUGAUUCUACCUUUGAUUCCAUUUUUAUAAAUAAAUGAUAAUAACGAUUGUUAUAGGAAAUAUACUCAAACUGUCUU